CAGCAUCGACAGUUGACUGCGUCAUUGGCUCAUUACGCGGCGCCGUGACGUCAAGGGGCGUCGACGAUGACGAUUCAAUCCCUCCGGCUGAGGGCGGGGGAAAGAGUGAGUGAGAGAUAGGGGGUUGGGAAGAAAGAUGGCGGAUCAAAUCCCUCUGCACCCGAUACCGCGCAGCACCCAACGGAGGGCGGCUUAUUACACCAAAGCCUCAGCCGCGCAGAGGCAUAACAGAUACCCAAUAGAAGAUGAGCCCUCUCAUUUGGAUGAAAUGCCUCUAAUGAUGUCAGAAGAAGGCUUUGAAAAUGAUGAAAGUGAUUACCAUACAUUACCAAGAGCCAGGAUUUCUCAAAGAAAAAGAGGUUUAGAGUGGUUCAUCUGUGGUGGCUGGAAAUUUCUUUGCACCAGUUGCUGUGAUUGGCUUAUAAACAUUUGCCAGAGAAAAAAAGAACUUAAAGCACGCACAGUAUGGCUUGGAUGUCCUGAAAAAUGUGAAGAAAAGUAUCCAAGAAAUGCUAUAAAAAACCAAAAAUAUAAUGUCUUUACAUUUAUACCUGGGGUUUUAUACGAACAAUUCAAGUUUUUCUUGAACCUUUAUUUUCUGGUAGUCUCCUGCUCACAGUUUGUACCGGCACUGAAAAUAGGCUACCUCUACACCUAUUGGGCUCCUCUGGGAUUUGUUUUGGCUGUCACUGUUCUGCGGGAAGCGGUUGAUGAAUUUCGUCGUUACCAGCGAGACAAGGAAAUGAACUCUCAGUUAUACAGCAAGCUUACAGUACGAGGUAAAGUGCAAGUUAAAAGCUCAGACAUUCAAGUUGGAGACCUCAUCAUAGUGGAAAAGAAUCAACGAAUUCCAUCUGAUAUGGUGUUUCUAAGAACUUCAGAAAAAACAGGUUCCUGUUUUAUUCGAACUGAUCAGCUGGAUGGAGAAACAGACUGGAAACUAAAAGUUGCUGUUAGUUGCACACAGAGAUUACCAGCUUUAGGGGAUUUGUUUUCAAUCAAUGCAUAUGUUUAUGCUCAAAAGCCUCAAAUGGAUAUUCACAGUUUUGAAGGUACCUUUACACGGGAAGACAGUGAUCCAACUGUUCAUGAGAGCUUAAGCAUAGAAAAUACACUGUGGGCAAGCACUGUUGUUGCCUCAGGAACAGUAAUUGGUGUUGUUAUUUACACGGGAAAAGAGACUCGAAAUGUAAUGAACACAUCAAAUCCAAAGAAUAAGGUUGGUUUGCUGGAUCUUGAAUUGAAUCAACUGACCAAAGCACUGUUCUUGGCUCUAGUUGCGCUUUCAGUUGUUAUGGUAACCUUGCAAGGAUUUGUGGGACCAUGGUACCGCAAUCUUUUUCGGUUUCUUCUCCUUUUUUCUUACAUAAUCCCAAUCAGCCCCAGAAGCUAGCAGGAUAAGAGCCAAGACCAUGAGAGGCUCACUUCUUCUUGGCUGCUGCACUUGGGAAGAACCUCAGCAAAAGCAGCUGCUGCAGCAGGUCAAAAAUUCUCCUAAGGAAUUUUAUUUGGGCUAAAGGCAGCUGGAAGUUAUUGUGCAUGACACUACAAAACUAUUCUAAGUAAAUCAUUGGGUGAAAGGAUACUAUUAACCCAUCAGGAGAUCAGCAUUCUGCAAAGCUGGCAAGUUUACGUGUAAAUCUAGACAUGGGCAAAGCAGCAUAUGGAUGGAUGAUUAUGAAGGAUGAUAAUAUACCUGGAACAGUUGUCCGGA